UUAAUCUAAUCUUCAUGAAAUUUAGGAAGGAGAGCAAAGAAAAGUGAAGCGUGAGUGUAAAGAAAAUGAAUCACACGUCUUUAUACAGCUGUGUGUUGAGCUACGAAGCCUGAACACACACAAACACACGAAGAUAUGAAGAUUUUUACCACAAGGCUGUUAUUUAUCUUCUUUUUCGUCUUCAUCAGCAUGCUGAUUUGGCACAAAUUUGUUCUGAAAAACGGAAGCUGUUGCUCUGUGUCUCCUCACAGUGAUGUGCCUUUCAGACGUACACCUGAUGUUAAACAAAAUCCUGCACGAAGCAAUGAUGCAGCUGUCAGCAAUGCAGACAAAGUUAAACAAAAUCCUGCAAAGAGCAAUGAUCCAGACAAAGUUAAACAAAAUCCUGCAACAAGCAAGUGUGUGUUCCUGUGGGGGUGGGUGGUUGUGUGUGUGUGUGGUGUGCGGGUGUUGUCUUCCAGGGAAAUUGCCACUAUUGAAAAACUAAUAUCAAAAUACACUUACAAAUGGACAAAGCAUGAGGAGAACUUUAAAUCCUUCAGGUCAUUACUCAGCAGCAGUUGUAAUGCCAUUUCCAAUGCAGUGGUUACCCAGGAAAACUCACCAGUGGGGUCAAAUAUUAGUUUUGAUGCAGAUAAAAAGAUAAUGAAGGUGAAACCAGAUCUGUACAGAAUAUUUCCCAAGGAAAGCCCUUUUAAAAAAGCACCAUGGGAUUCAUGUGCUGUUGUAGGCAACGGAGGAAUUUUAGCCAAAAGCAGCUGUGGAACACAAAUCGACUCUUCAUCAUAUGUCAUCAGGUGUAAUCUUCCUCCACUGAGCAAUGGACAUGAGAAAGAUACAGGAAACAAAACAAGCCUUGUUACAGCCAACCCCAGCAUCUUUAUGCAAAGGUACCAGUCACUGAGUGAGCGUAGACGGCCAUUCGUGGAAGAUAUGAAGCUGUAUGGGGACGCUCUGGUUUUUGUGCCUGCCUUCUCAUUUCGGCAGAGCACGAUUGUGUCCCUGCGUGCCAUUUACUCGCUGGAGGAAAUCAACAUCACUGGCUUACAAACUAUCUUCUUUAAUCCUAGUUACCUCCUAAAUCUCAAACGGUUUUGGCAAAAGCAUGGAAUUCGGGAAGCCCGCCUCAGCACCGGGAUCAUGAUGGUCAGCUUGGCACUGGAGCUCUGCAACCAGGUCCACCUCUACGGCUUCUGGCCAUUUGGAAUACAUCCAUACACCCACCAAAAACUCAGCAACCACUACUAUGAUGAUAAACCAGCAAAUAAGAAAAUGCAUUCGAUGUUAGCCGAGUUGGAAGCCUUAAUGGGGCUCCAUAUCAAAGGUGUGAUCCAUCUGCACCUAGGGGAGUGCACAAAUAAAACUGCACAAUAUGGGCAAAGGUUUACGGACAAUUAACCUUCAAACAUAACUUCCACACUUCUGGGAAGGCCUUAGAUAGAGUCCAGCUACUAGAGUCUAGGCCACUAGAUAGAGUGCAGCUGUGAGGGUUUGUGCUCAUUCAGCCAUAAGAGCACCGUGAGAUCAGGCACUGAUGGUAAGUGAGGAGGCCUGGGGCACAGGUGAUGAUCCAGUUCAUCCCAAUGUUGUUCAGUGGGGUUGAGGUCAGGGCUCUGUGCCCUACACUCAAGGUUUUCUACUGCAACCCUAACUAACUAUGUUUUCAUGGACCUAACUUUGUACUGUAUUUAGGGGUGUUGUCAUGCUGAAACACGUUCGGUCUUCCUAAUGUUACAGCAUAAAUAACGACAUCCUAUACAUCGGCAAUGGAUUAACGAACACCUACAUAUGGGUCUCGUGUUCAGUUGCGGCAUCUCUGAAUAAAAUUUAACAGCACUGUUCUAUUUAUUGUGAGCAAAUGAACUGUUUUUCAAAAUAACGGUAUUACAACAGUGUUUUUUGUGGUCGUUACAUUACAGAAACUGUCUGAGAAUAUUAAAGAAUAUAAAGAGAAUACAAUGAGGUGAAUAAUGGUAACCUGAUUAUCGUUGAUAUUAAUCAUUCAAAACUGAUUAGAAAAAAAAAGAGUAAAUUGUUUGUCAAAUUUUGUUAACAGAUGGAAAAUCGAAUAGUGUUAACAUUCCUUUGAUUAGUUAUUGUACUGUUGUAGUUAGGGUGUAGGGGAAACCCUCCCAUUGAGCUUCCACAGCUGUUCUUUAGAACUGUUUUUUUGUGUGUUUGUUUGUUUUGUCCUGCUGGCAAGCUUUCUUAAACAGCAAAAAACUACUCCAUUUUCUCCGAUCUGGAUUUGUGAUUUAUGAUUUACUGUAAAACCUGAAUAUCUUUUGUAUAUUUUGGGGUUCACACGUUUUAAAAAUAUCCACUUUAAUAUCAUCAACCUAAUGAUCACUGGUGAAAUUUAAUGAGUUCACCAAAGCUGAAGAAGGUAGGUCUAUAGACUUUAUUCUCAGAAACAGUAUAUCGUCAAUAAUAGUUUUAUUAUAGAACCGAUAUUACGUUUAUUUCCUGUUAGCGAACGGUGGAGGUGUAGAACGGUACCCUUGCAGUUGAAAACCACUGUCGAGCAGUUACUGAAUGUAAAAAGCUGAAGUUGGAAUCAAGAGCGAUGACCAAAAUGGGUUUGAUUUUAACAUCUAUUCUAAGUAGUUAAGCUCUUAAGUGUAAGUGAUAUACGAUAGGUUUUAUAUAUUCUUACAUCGGCAUAAUUGGAGCGUGAUUAUUGAAGAGAGAAAUUAUUUUAUCUUGCCACCUUAUAGAGGACAUACCAUAGUCUGUAGCAGGAGGGAAUGAAGUGCAAUUUAAUGUAUAACUUAAAUUUCCGCUUCGCUAGUCUUAAACUGACUAAGGUUAUAUACCGUAUAAACUACUGAUAUGGAAAGGGUUAUAACUAAAAAAAAAACAAAUAAAUAAAAAGGAUUAGGAUCAGGAUUAUAUACCACUGAAUGUAAUUUUGAAAUGCACUGUGAUAUUUUGUAGGGCGAUUUCUUACUACUGCUUUUGUUUAUUUCUGAUUGUACAGUUUCAUAUAAUUUUUCCCUUUAGAGUACAAAAAAAGGUGACAAAAUAAAUGUUCAAUUGUUGAAGCAAA